UAACCGUUUGUUUAAUAAAACCUUUAGUUAAUAAUAAUAAGACAUAUUUAAGUCAUAUAUUAUAUGAUUUUUUUAUUUUGAAUCUCAAUAUUGUGUCUCAAAUAAUAUCACACUUUGAAUCUCAUUUACACACAACUCAUACUAAUAAUAAACAAUAUUCUAGGCUUAGACGGCACACAAUUUGUCCACUAAUCCGAUCGGCGAUUUGUAUAUCACUAUACAGGACAUCAUACCAACCAUUUGAAUAUCGACUGCAACAGCGGACACUUCAUUGUCGUUGUGUCACUAAAUUAGAUAAAGUUUUUUCUUCUCAAAGAUCUAAUUGUUCGACUUCUUUGUUUCGAUUGUCUUCUUCAUUAUCAAUGGCCGCGUUUACUGUCAAUGAGAGAGGACAGAGAAAUACUGCCGAUUUUCGGAUAUUUUAUACCAACAAAGAGACGGGAGCGUCUAUAUCUCCGUGGCACGACAUUCCCCUAUUUGCCGAUGAACCCAAUCAAGUGUAUAAUAUGGUAGUUGAGAUCCCCCGAUGGACUAAUGCAAAGAUGGAGAUUGCGACCGGAGAACCAUUGAAUCCAAUAAAACAGGACAUAAAGAAAGGACAGCUAAGGUUUGUUCGCAAUUGUUUUCCUCAUAAGGGCUACAUCUGGAACUACGGAGCAAUUCCUCAGACGUGGGAAAACCCGAAACAUUUGGACGAAUCUACCGGUCAUAAAGGCGAUAACGAUCCGAUCGAUGCCUUAGAGAUUGGCUCCCGUGUGGCUCAAAGGGGUGAAGUGGUCAAAGUUAAAAUACUAGGAGUUAUGGCUCUUAUAGAUGAGGGCGAGACCGACUGGAAGGUGAUAUCUAUUGACAUUAACGAUCCACUCGCUGAUCAAUUAAACGACAUUCAAGAUGUCGAGAUGUUGAUGCCGGGUCUCAUGCGUGCCACUCACGAGUGGUUCAAGAUCUACAAGAUUCCCGACGGAAAGCCUCCCAAUCAGUUUGCGUUCAAUGGAGAGCCCAAGAAUCGAGAGUUUGCAGAAAAAAUUGUGUCGCAAACACACAAGCAUUGGAAGGAUUUGGUCGGCGGUACCGAUGGCACUGAAUUGUCACUGAAAAACAUUACAUUAGGCAAUACUCACUCGAUUGACGUCCAGAGUGCCGGUGCUAUCGUUAAUCAAAGCCAAGAGUCAACGGCUUUGCCGGAGAAACCUAUCGACGAUCAAACGGCUAUUGAUAAAUGGUAUUAUAUUACAUUACCAUAACUCUCUACGAACAUUAACUACCGGAGCCAACACAUAGUCUGUCAAUUGGUGUGUUUUUUCCCAAAAAGCUAAACAAACAGUUUUUCUUAUAUUUUUAUAUGAUAUAUAUUACAUCUAAUAUGACUUAUUAGAUUGUAGUUAAAAACUACUGUACUGAUCAUUUGCUGCGAUUUUUUUA